AUGCCUCGGUUUGUUGCACCUCUCAACCAUAACGCCUCAGGGUCUUUGGGAGAUUCCUCCGCGACCUCAACUGCAACAUCGCGAACCACUUCUCAGAGUCGGUUGAGGCCUCCCGUCCACCCAUCCCUUAGGGAGCCUGGUGACACCUGGAGGGACAGCACGGAGAGCGUCCCGAAUGUAUCUGCGACGACACCGGACCCAGACCGAGCAUCACCUGCCGACGAAGGAGAGGAACUCUCCGAGGAGCAAUUGAGGGCCAUAUAUGAUAACGAAGAGAUCGACCGAUUCCUCAAUUUAUUCUCUGCUUACGUCUCUGAGGUGAGGAUACAGGAAAGUGUCACAGGCGGCGAAGACCAGACAUCAACAGUGCCGACCAUUAGUGAAGCUGGGCCUGAACAAAUACGAUCCGGAAUACCUGGAGUUGAUCAUGACAGCUCUAGCAGUGAAGAGUGGGUUUCUGUUGCGAGCGGGACUCCCACGGAUGCCCCUCCGCCGCUACCGCCACGGCUUUCACAAGACGACCAAGAUGUGUCUUUAUCCAGGCGGAUUGCGCUUAAAUAUAUAAUACCUUCCUUAUCUCCUCAAAGACCGAGUCGUCCCACCUUUACCAUUGGUCGCUUCAGACUAGCCACCCAACGGCUAUACCUGGCCGUGGCACCUCAAUAUGAACGCUUCUUCCUUAAACUGUGGUAUCUCGCAACCUGGAGACAGUACCACACCAGCUUGAAAUACUGCAUAUUAUUCUGGGUGCUGUGGUACUAUAACUUUCUUUUACCCUCUCUUUUCCUCCGGGUAGGAUAUGCGGUUGUCAGGCGCAAGUUAUUUGCAUAUCCAACGCUCUCGGAAUUGCGACAGCGUCGCCGAGAGGUAGGUCGAGCUCGCGCCUUUGCUAAGGAAGUGGAGACGCGGCUAGCCGCGCCCCCAACGAUUGCCAUGAACGAGCUAUGGCGCUUUCUCAAGCUCGCUGCUGUCACGCGCUUGACUGCGUACAAGACUAAAAAGAGCUUUGACGCUGGUGGCGACACCCUCUCCCCGGAGCAAGAUGUAAAGGAGAUCCAAGUGGAACCAGAACAGACCACAACUGUAUUGGAGAAGGAGAGUGAGGAAGAAGAGGUUGAAGACAUCAAGAGUACCGUGAUAUUUAUUAUGGACCAAGUGUCAGACACGCAUGAGCGCAUUCGGAACCUCUUCCUGUGGCGCCGUCCUCAGGCCUCUUGGUUAUUCAUUUUGGUGCUCGCUGCAUUGUUCCUCGUUACAGCAUGCGUACCUGCCAAAUACUUGGCGAAAGGUGCAUACGCAGCUUGCGGUAUGGCGUUCUGGCAUGUGACGCCUAUUUUGGCUGCCAUGACCGCGAGCGAGAGAGCUAGAAUGCCACCUCCUUUAUGUAGCUUGCCAACGGAUGCGGACUACGCCAUGGACUUGAUAUCCCAUCGAGUUGCUCUCGGUCUCGACGUACGGCCUCCCCAUAAACGGAAGGGCAGCGGCAACCCUCCUGCCCCGUCACCAGGUCUCUCCGAGCAGCCAGGUGACAGAAACAAUAAUAUGAAAUGGAAAAAAUGGGGGGAGCGAGUCGCCGCAGGUAAAGCGUGGAUUGAAGGUAGUCGUCGAUUGGUAAACGGCCAGCAGUGGUCACAGUCCGGGUCCUGGCCUCCCCCGGGACCGCUUUUACCUAGUCUCGCAUUUGUGUAUAGUACUCCGGAUGCGCAAAUCGAAACACACACUUUCCCUGCACAGCAUGCGAAAGCUCCAGGGCUGAUUACUCUGACGAACACGACUUUAUUCUUCACCCCGCUCAUGUCUUCGACUGCCAAAGUAGUAAUUGCGCUGUCCGACAUAUGUGCAGUGAAGAAAGUAGGCCCGAUGAAAGGCCUCCACGUACGCUGGAUGGACUCGGUCAACGAGCGACACGCAAGAGCUGAGAGGGAAGAAAUAUUCAGGUGGGUUGGCGGUCGGGACGAACUGUUUGCGAGACUGGUGGGAUGGCAGGGCAGACGAUGGGUCCGGAUAUAA